AUGUCAUCCUCAGUACCCUAUGAUCCAUACAUUCCUGCCGAAGAGUCGCAAUCUCAGACGAAAGCAGCUGCUCUGAAAGCUGAAAUUGAUGAUACUGUCGGUAUCAUGAGAGAUAACAUCAAUAAGGUUGCAGAGCGUGGUGAAAGGCUCACGUCUAUUGAAGACAAAGCCGAUAACUUGGCCGUUUCCGCGCAGGGCUUCAAAAGAGGCGCAAACAGAGUAAGAAAGCAAAUGUGGUGGAAGGACUUGAAAAUGAGGCUUUGUCUUGUUCUCGUCGUAAUCAUCCUUUUGGUGGUUAUCAUUGUUCCGAUCGCCGUCCAUUUUAGCUGA